UUAUGGUACCAAAGAGUUGUACUUGUUGACCCGAUUUGUAUUCGGAUCCCUGAUGACGUUCCGGAUGUCAUAAGAACCAUUAUACCCACCUUUGAUCGGAUCAUACCCUGAAAUUAGGCGCAACAAUGGCAGACUCGCUCAUUGAAUUGAAUGAACUUCUCAUCUCCAGAAAGGUUAAUUUGACAACUGAAGAAAGUAAACUACUAAAUUCAUGGAAGCAAUCUGCUGUAAGAGAUUUUGGCAUUGGUGCAAUUGGUGCUUCCCUUGCCACUUGGUUAGUUACUCGAAGGCUGCAUAACCUCUUCCGCAUCAACCUUGCAGUUGGUGCUGGUUGGUUCUAUGGCAAGUGGAGAUUUGCCAAGUCUUUGGAUUCAGGUGUUGAACUUAUUCUCUCUCAGCAUGGAACUCGUCUGCAAAAGGAGUUGGGGGAAAUAAUGUUGAAGAAGUACCAGCAUAAUCCGCCUGUACUGCAGUUCGUCUCCAAAUACUUUUACUCUGAAAAUGUUUAUGAUGAUGAUUCAACAGACAAGCCAAAACCGAGGUGGCGUUUUCGAAGUACCUAUGGGGAAAUUUUUUCUUCUCACGAGGUUGAAGGUGAUGACUCUUCCAGUAAGAAAUCCCAUUCAGAGAAUACUGAUCAGAGGAAAACUAAUCUUGAGAGAAAGCAAAUUAAUAUGAAUGGUGUUGGUGCUGCUGUUGUUCUAGAGUCAACCGAAGACCCAUUUGAUUGCAUACUCGGACAUCAAGGGAACACCGAAGAGAUUCACCACCUUGAUGCCUCUAGCCCGCUGCCUAAAAGGCGGAGUCAUAGCACCAGACGGUCUCAUAGCAGGCGUCGGAUGCACCGCCACGAGAACGUGGAAGGUUGAGCUUUUAAUUGGCCAACCAUGAUCAAUGCAACAUUGAAUUGAAUCUGUCCUUGAGGGACCAGUCUUGCAUGCCCUGUUAAAUGUAAUCUGCAAAAUCUAUGCUUUGAAACUGACAUUACCUUAAGAGCUGGUUGUAUAUAGUUAUGGCUCAGUGGCUUUGUGAUCAUUAACUUAUUUAAUAGAAAUUAUUUAUGGAUUAAUUUAAAGGGUAGCCAGCAUAAAUUAUAAUAUAGGAUGCAAAUGCAAUAUUCACAUAAUUGAGUUGUCAAUUCGAAGCAUUAUAUAU